AUGAGUGCUCGUAAAGCUGCCGAUUCAAUCAUCCUCACACAGCUCAAGCAGCUCGGAUGCGAGGUGGAUGAGGCCGUGAAUGACUUAUUGGAUGUAGAUAAAUUUUUAUUGUAUAGGGCUACUGUGAUUUGCUUGAGAGCAAUUUCAAGAGGUAAUGGAAGAGAGCCGGAGGAUUUUCCAGAAGAAUUACCUGCUGAAAUCAGUACAUGUUUUAGAACUUGUAAUGCUUUGACACAAUCCAUCAAGGAAUAUGGAUUCAGAGGAAAUAUUGCCUUCGAUCAAUUUUUGUAUCCAAAUGAAAUGGUAACACGUCAAAUUCUGAGUUGGCUCGUAGAACAAGCUCAAUCUUUCAUUACAGAGCAACAAAAGGACAGUAACAAUGAGGAAGCUACAAAAAGACAAACUGUACAGGCUCGCAUGAACUCUGUGCUAUCCUUCUUUGUCAAUUCUACUUGGACUGUGAAAAAUCAAAAUGGUACAAAGAAGGUGUCUAUUGACGUCACUUCAGCAACAAAGAGUUGGGACAAUGAAAGAGUACGAUGGGAAAGCACUCCUGUUAACACUCAGUCAAGCAUGAAUGCGUUCUUGUUGAACGCUCUUGAUAAAGGAGAUUUUUCGGAUGUCACUAGAGACACAGCAGCAAUGGAAAGUCUAAAGUCAGCAUUCCGGGUUGGCGGCAAUUCCAACGAUGAUCUCUGUGAAAAACAUGCCUUGCUGUACUAUAAAAAUUUUGGGCCCUAUCUUUCCGAACAAAUAGAAGCUAAAGAUCAAUUAGCUUCAACAGUUUUUGAGGAAAACGCCAGAGAAAUUUUAAUUCAUAAACAACGUGAAGAUGAAUGGAAUGAAUUGGGUAUUGAUUCAGGUUUGACUCGUGAAGAGUACUUUAAACAAAAGAAUCAAAAAAUUGAAAUGACAAUUUCUGAAGUUUUGAGAGGUGGCUCAGGUAGAACUGGUGUUGAAGAUGACGGUUCCAAUAACGAUGGAGAUUUGCCAUCACUUUCAGAUUUACUGCAAAGCUUGAAAAAUAAUAGAAACAAUGAUGCCUCUUCAACAUUUGCCAAGAGAAAAUUAUUCGAGAAUGAUACAGAUGUUACAAAGAAUUUGCUAAGUACAAAUCCUUUGGCGUCGAAAGAUAAGAGUGAUGCAAGCAUCGAGGAAGAAAAAAAGCGAAAAGAGGAAGAGAGACAGAAAGAAUUGGAAGAACUGCAAGCCAUGCUCGACAAGGUUAAUACCAGAAUUGACCAAAUUCACAACACCAAGGAAUCCCUAAUGGCUCAAGUGAAACAGACUGAGGAGGCCAUUUCCGAGGAGAAACAACGAAAGAAAAAGCUAGAGGAAGAAUUCACUGUUGCUAAAACGACUGCCGUCAUUUUGCAAGACAAGGAAAAGAAUAUUAAACAACUCGAGACGGUAACCUCACAGGGUGCUCAACGAUUAUUAAAUCUUGCCACAGAAUGGGAACAACACAGAAAGCCAUUGAUUGAACGAUAUAGAGCACUUAAAGAGAAGAUGAAGGAACAAAAAAACGAAUACAAGGAUUUACUAAACGUUUCAAAAGACCUUCGUGAUCAAAUGAAUGAGCUGAUUCACUCCAUUAGACAAAAAGAGGAGCUAAUCACAAAAAAGAAGCAAGAAUAUGACGACAUGCCAAAAGAAACCGACCGAACCACAUACGUGACUCGUAUUUUGGAUGUUGUGAAGAAUAUUGAAAAGCAAAACGAAGAAAUUAGCAAAGUUCUCAACCAGAGUAGAGAGUUGAAUCAAGCUGUCACAGAAUUGACUUCUAAGGUGUCAAGAACAUUCCAAGAAAAUGAGGAGAGCAUUUUCAAAGAGGCUCAAAAAGAUCCAGAAUAUAAGCAACUCUAUAAGGACCUUGUUGAGAUCAGAAGUUUGUUCGAGGCAUUAAUUGAGAGUGUUCAACAAAAUGGAAAAGCUCUCAACACGAUCAGAGACUUGGAAAACCAAAUUACCACCAUUUCAGAACGUAAUGAUACUCUCAAUAUUGAGAAGGUCACUACUGAUUUACAACUCAUUCAAAACGAAAACUUGAAAUUACAACAACAAUUGUUAGGAAAGUAA